AUGAAUAGCAUUACCGAACAAAUAAGAAAAACCAUUGAUGAAUUAGCCAAAAAUAGCAAAAUAUUGGAAAAUAAUAUUAUCGAUUUUGCUCUCAAAAGUAAUCGGAAAAAAGAAGCGGUGGAAAAGAAAAUUAAAGAAAUGGCUGGUUCUACCACCAACCAGCAACUAAUUCAGCAGGAAAAUUUUCCAGUCCUUUGGUUUAAAAACAUUGAUAAAAUUGUGAAUAAAUCUCCGCUCCAAAAAUCCUUGUUGGCGGUUUUCGACCCCGCUCAAAAUGCCUCCUUGACUAUUCAAGGAGAAACUAUUAAUUUAUCGCAAUUUAUUUUAAUUGCUACUAGUUCUACCUGCGAUACUGGUCAGUUGUCUAACCCUCUUUUUUCCCGACUAGAUUGUAUUAAUGUGGAAACUGCUAAACCGAAAGAGUUUUUUUGA